AUGUCUCGAGAUAGAUCGUCCCGACGCUUUUACCGGUCCGAGUCCACACAUGAUCUCCUGUCCUACAUGGACCGCGGGCAGGCGGCUAGUAACGAGAAUCGCUGGACCUUCGAAACCGCCUGGGAGGCUGCAAAUAAAGUGGGUGGAAUCUACACAGUGAUAAGGUCCAAAGCUUAUGUCUCUACCGAGGAGAUGGGUGAAAACUACUGUUUACUAGGACCUUUCAAGGAGACUUGCGCUCGUCAAGAAGUAGAAGAACAGGACUUCCCACCAAAUUCACCUCUCACAGCAGCAGUCAACGCCAUGAGAAGUCAGGGAUAUAAGUUACACACAGGCACCUGGCUUGUAGAUGGCAACCCUCAAAUAAUUCUCUUUGACAUCGGCUCGGCCGCGUGGCAGAUGGACAGUUACAAGCAGGAACUCUGGAGCACCACUUCCAUUGGAAUACCACAUCUGGAUGUGGAAGCCAACGAUGCUGUUAUACUUGGCUUUAUGGUUGCGCAGUUUAUCACUGAGUUCCGCAAAGCUGCUGAGAAGUACAGUGAUACACCACCGCGAGUUGUGGCUCAUUUCCACGAAUGGCAGGCUGGCAUUGGUCUCAUUGUUUUGCGUGUUCGUCAUGUGGAUGUAGCAACGGUGUUCACGACGCACGCGACCCUCCUCGGAAGAUAUUUGUGCGCUGGCAACACUGAUUUCUACAAUAACUUGGAUAAGUUCUCAGUUGACGAAGAGGCGGGAAAGAGACAGAUAUACCACAGAUAUUGUAUGGAGCGUGCCGCGGCCCACAUGACGCAUACAUUCACCACAGUCUCCGAUAUUACAGGAUUCGAAGCGGAACAUCUUCUCAAAAGAAAGCCGGAUUUCAUAACACCGAAUGGUUUGAAUGUGAAGAAAUUUUCAGCGCUUCAUGAGUUUCAGAAUCUUCACGCGUUGGCUAAGGAGAAAAUCAAUGAAUUCUCUAGAGGACAUUUCUAUGGGCAUUUUAACUUUGAUCUGGACAAAACGUUAUAUUUCUUUAUCGCUGGUCGGUAUGAGUUUGGUAACAAGGGCGCUGAUAUCUUCAUAGAAGCACUCGCACGGCUUAAUCAUUACUUGAAGGCUUCCGGGUCAGAAAUGACGGUAGUAGCAUUUCUAAUAUUCCCCGCUAAGACGAAUAACUUCAACGUUGAGAGUUUAAGGGGUCACGCGGUCACCAAAUCCCUUAGAGAUACUAUACAGGAUGUUCAACAGCAGAUUGGAAAGAGGAUGUAUGAUAUAUGCUUGAGAGGCCAUCUCCCCGACACAUCAGCCCUACUACAGAAGGAAGACACAGUUCGCCUAAAAAGAUGUAUUUACGCGUUGCAACGUGACGGUCUUCCGCCCGUUACGACCCACAAUAUUGUCGAAGACUGGAGCGAUCCAGUUCUCAACUCAAUUCGAAGGUGUGAACUUUUCAAUACAGUGAAUGAUAAAGUUAAAGUUAUAUUCCACCCGGAAUUCCUUUCUUCCACCAACCCCUUAUUUGGUCUGGACUAUGAAGAAUUUGUCAGAGGUUGUCAUCUUGGCGUCUUUCCUUCAUAUUACGAGCCAUGGGGUUACACCCCUGCCGAAUGCACAGUUAUGGGUAUACCUAGUGUCACAACUAAUUUGUCUGGCUUCGGUUGCUUCAUGCAAGACCACAUAGCUGAUCCGAUGUCAUACGGAAUAUACGUCGUGGAUCGCCGCUACAUCUCACUAGAGGGCUCUGUACAACAAUUGGCGCAGUAUAUGUUCGACUUUACCAAGUUAACAAGACGUCAACGUAUAAUACAAAGAAACAGAACGGAAAGACUGAGCGAUCUUCUCGAUUGGAGGAAUUUGGGAAUUUACUAUCGUCAGGCGCGAGCUGAAGCACUGAAAAUCGUAUAUCCUGAUUAUGUUGACCACAUGCAUAUGGAACUCGGGAAACGAUUUAACUACCCACGCCCAAUAUCCGAGCCACCUAGCCCCACACAUUCCAGAGCCACGACACCAGCCGCUUCGGUCCACGGUUCUGAUGAUGAGGAUGAAGUGGAUGAGGAGAAGGAGUUAGCCGAACUGAGGAUUACCGAUAACUAG